AUGCCUCAAACGAGGAGACGUUUUAUUGAAAAAUUCCUCCUCUACAAAAACAGGACAUCCGAUCCGACGCCGAACACGCGACGCGCGGUCGCGAAGAUUCACGCUUUGCAGAAAGCGAAAGGAAAGCAGGAGAAGAAGACAAAGAUGAAGACUACGAGUACUACCGCUGCUACGACGACAAAUACGAAAAAUACCAACAAGAAGAAGAAGAAGGACGAAAGCGCUUUAGCGAAAGUUAUCGCGAACAAGGAGGACUCCCCUUCGAACGAGGUGAUUGUGGAAACCAUCGAAAGUGCGACGUUUGGAGAGUUAAGAACGUGUUUCCCGCUCGUGUUUGAUGGUAAGCUAACGAGUUCGAAUAAUAAGGAGUGGUUGAAAGCAGUGUUUAAGAGAAAGAUGGUGACAGAUAAAACGUAUGAAUUCGUACCGAGAACGAGAUAUUCGAGUAAGAACCGUUUGAAUAAGAAGAAAAAGACAGAAGGAGAAGGAGAAGAACAAGAACAAGAAGCGACGAACGCGAGUACCGAGAACACGUUUUCUCGGUACCCGAAAGAGUGUGCCCAGAAGACGCCGUUAACGCCACUCGAAGACGAGAAUCGAGAAGAAGAAGAAUUGAAGAAAGAAGUCGUCUUUUCCAUCGAAGUCGCUCGACUCGAAGAACAACCACGAGGAAACGAAAAUGUAAACGAAACAAUCGCAACGGACGCGAACACAACCGCAAACGACAAACAUAAGAUGAGAGAAUUAUCGUCGUUUUUCACCAAGACGUUUUCCGCUGUUUCGCCGCUAUUGGGAACCCGAUUAUAG